CGUUAGAAUGUGUGACACAAUAGCCGUUUCUUCUUCUUUCAUACACACCUACACGUUUUCUCCUUGUCCAAUAAACCCCCCCUUUUUUCCGGCCACCAUUAUCAUCUUCCAAACCCUCCACGCGCCACCGCCACCACCACCACCAUAUUUAAAAAAUGGGUAUAGAUUACUACAACAUACUUAAAGUGAAUCGUAACGCAACCGAUGAAGACUUAAAAAAAGCCUACCGUCGUCUCGCAAUGAUCUGGCACCCCGACAAAAACCACAACAGUAACAAGACAGAAGCAGAAUCUAAGUUCAAACAAAUCUCUGAAGCUUAUGAUGUUCUUAGCGACCCACAAAAACGUCAGAUCUAUGAUCUUUAUGGUGAAGAAGCCUUGAAGUCCGGCCAAGUCCCGCCGCCGCCGCCGUCAUCUUCCGGCCGUGGGUAUUACCAUCAUCACUUUAAUAAUAGUAGUAGUAAUUAUCAUCAGCAACAGCAGCAGCAACAUCCAAACCCUAAUUAUAGGUUUAAUCCGAGGGAUGCUGAGGAUAUAUAUGAGGAAUUGUUUGGUGGGUCUGAUGGGGGUGGGGGUGGUGGGUCCGGGAGGAAGUUUAAGGAAGGGCAUUUUAGGAAUAAUGUGAAUAAUGGGGCGGGUUCGGGUUCAGGGGAGGGUGCUUCGUCGAGUAGGAAGGCGCCGGCUGUUGAGAAUCCGUUGGCGUGUAGUUUGGCUGAUCUCUAUAAAGGUGCCAAGAAAAAGAUGAAGAUUUCUAGGACCGUUCUUGAUUCUUUCGGUAAGGUUCGGACUGUGGAGGAGAUCUUAACAAUUGAGAUAAGACCUGGUUGGAAGAAGGGCACAAAAAUUACCUUUCCCGAGAAGGGUAACCAAGAACCUGGUGUCAUAGCAGCAGACCUCAUAUUUGUAAUUGAUGAGAAGCCGCAUGAUGUUUACACAAGGGAUGGUAAUGACUUAUUGAUGAAUCAAGAAAUAUCACUUGUGGAGGCUCUCACAGGGAAGACUCUUGAAAUCACAACCCUUGAUGGAAGAAAUCUCGCGAUCUCAGUGGUCGAAAUGGUGAAACCGGGGUAUGAGCUAACUGUUCCUAAUGAAGGAAUGCCAUUAUCAAAAGAGCCUAGGAAGAAAGGGAAUCUCAGAAUCAAGUUUGAUGUGCGGUACCCGUCAAGGCUUACAUCUGAACAGAAGUCUGAUUUGAAGAGAGUUUUGGGUGGAAGCUGAUAGCUUAAUUAUUCUUAUUUAUUUUAUUAAAAGUUUAAAAGUUGAAGUAAGGUUUUUGAAGAAAAUCCAUGUUAAUGGUGUAUAUGAUUCAGUUUGGAGCAUGGAUUCUGGUAUUUUAGUGGGUGUUGGAUUCAGUUAGUCUAGACUAAUGAGAAUGGGCACAUAUUGUUGGCGAGUAACUCGCAUUAGAUAAAUGAAAUAACUUGUUCCUUUGGUUUUA